CACUCACCCGCGCGCUCUCGCCGCCACCGCCGUCGCCGCCGCUGCGAGCCGGCGUCGCAGUCGGCCGACGCCUUCCCAUCGCCACUGCUCCCCCUCCGCCGUGGGUGUCGUGGGAGAGUGAAAGAGUAUAACUGGCGCCACUGCCAGCCGCCGUCCCUCCGCUGCGAGCCGGCGUAACCGCCGCCGGCCGACGCCUUCCCAUCGCCAGCAGUCCGCGUGAGUGCAGAACGAGACGUCCCCUUCGUCCGCCCCUCCCUCGCCUCGCUCCUUCCUCGCCUAACGCCCGCCUGCCCUCCUCCGCGCGCAGAAAAGCGAGGAUAAUUUUGGAAAACACUCUUUUGCUGACGUUUUAGUGAUAACAGACAUCCUUGAUCGAUCAAUACCUAAACCAAACAGCGUUAUCACGAUAACCUUCUAGAGAUAACAUUGAUAACCUUGAACCAACGCGCAGCGAAGGGGGCAUUACAUAGUAGGCGUUCGAGGGACGGGGGCAUAGUUUGCAAACCGAUGAGCGAAAGAAAGGGAGAUGGCAACCACGGCGGCGCGGACGCACAGACUCUGGUGGAGGCCGCGCUUGAGGUCUUGAACAUGGCCGAUCCGUUUGAGAAGGCUCGUCUCGGUGAAGCCUCUGCCGUCCGAUGGCUACAAGGCGCGAUCUGUAUCCCCUAUAGUGACGAUGGUCCUCCUCCGCCCGUCCCCGAUCGACCCGCCCGGCUCACAACAAUGAAGCUGGUGUCUCCGAGCAUGAUGCCGAAACUCGGCAAAGCAGGAAGCCUUCAAAGCCGGCAAGCUAUUGUACACAGCCUCGCCCACACGGAAAGCUGGGCCAUCGAUCUUUCCUGGGAUAUUAUUGCUCGAUUUGGGAGGCUGGAGGCGAUGCCCAGGGAAUUUUUUACUGACUUUGUAAAGAUAGCCCGAGAUGAAGGCCGACACUUCACACUGCUUGCCGAGAGGCUGGAGGAGCUCGGCACGUACUAUGGAGCUCUCCCUGCGCAUGAUGGCCUCUGGGACUCUGCGUUGGAGACCUCCAAAAGCCUGUUGGCCCGUCUCGCUGUGGAGCACUGCGUGCACGAGGCUAGAGGACUUGAUGUCCUUCCUACCACCAUCUCUCGAUUCCGGAAUGCAGGGGAUGAGAGAACUGCAACUUUACUGGAAACUGUGGUAUAUCCAGAAGAAAUAACACACUGUGCUGCUGGUGUUAAAUGGUUCAGAUACUUGUGCCUUAGGGAAGCAAGCAAACAUCAUGGUUCAGAGACCAUUUGUGGAUAUGUUGAACAUGUGCAACCCAUGGUGGGACAAAGCAUUCCCUACCAGCAAGAAGCUGAUAAGGAGGAUGGUGAGAUAAAAAACCUGGAACACAAUGUCGGAAGCUUUCUAAAAAUAAGCUAUGAUGAACAAGAGUUAGUAAUCCAGCGUUUUCAUGCCACUGUCCGUGAACACUUUCGGGGCCCACUUAAGCCCCCUUUCAAUGCCGAAGCAAGGAAAGCUGCUGGCUUUGGACCUGACUGGUACGAGCCCUUGGCAUCAAAAUAGGGGGUGGUAACUUGGCAAGAUAGACAUGGAACUUGUGACUUGAGGAGAUAGUGUUUAUGAUGACUUGACGCGAUGAAGAAACAGCAACCAAUGACUUAAAGGUCAGAUUGAGUUUGAAGAAGGUUGCAUGAGACAUUUGAGGGACGGCAGGAUGAGAAAUAUUAUGGUGGUGUUGAAGUGGUUUGUGGAGGAUGACUUGGCGUGACAAAAUUGCUUGGCUUGGUUGCUCUAAGUCUGUUGGAGAUCAGUGAAGGAUGAUUUGAGACAUUUGAUAGAUUGCAGGAUGAGCAUCGUGAUAUAGGGUUGAUCAUGUUGAUGCAAUCAUCCAGUCAUGUAUAUUGCAUGUUUUGGAGGGUUGUAGAUACGAUCUAACCAAACAUAUAUUGCAUGUUUUUGAUGUUUGGAUCACCUUUAACUUGAAUAUUUAUUAUAA